AUAAUAGUAUCUGUUGGUUUGAUAUGAAUGUAAUCUUGCGGAAAGAAAUCCUUAAACUGCUGGUUUUUCAUUCUGCAUCGAAGCCGAAAGUCGAUGACGGAAUGUCACAUGACUGGCCAUUAGUUACAACCUUGGAAUUUGCGAUGAUCUGCUCCAACCCUCAAUAAGAGACAUUUCAGUCUUUUGCUCUAUUUUGCUUGAUGUUCUCAUAGGUAUGACGGGAAAUGUAAGGUAUGCCGCCGCGUCUUCACCGUCUGCCCUUUUUCUCCCCACGGGCUUUUCUACAUCCUCUUCCAAGGAUCUCUUGUGGGCGGCCAUUCUCCACCGAAGCCCACAGGCCUUCAUACUAUGAGAUCCUCAACGUGCCAGCCACAGCUACAACAGCAGAAAUCAAAAAACAGUUUUACGCCCUCUCCCUCGCCCACCACCCUGAUAGAAACCCGAAAGACCCUGCUGCACACGCCAAAUUCACGUCUAUAUCUUCGGCGUACCAUGUCUUGUCCCACGAAUUGAGACGAGCCCGGUAUGACCGAGAUCAUCACAUUCGCCAGCCGGUGCAAGCACCCAACACGGGCUCCCAUCAUCACCGCAAGGCCUCAUAUGUAGGCUCCCGACCACCAUCCGGGUUAAGAAAAGAACGUGGAACUUUCCACGGACCCCCGCCAAGCUUCUAUGCGCAUGGCGGCUAUGGCACCAGCCAACAUGCAUGCCAUAAACAUGCUUCCAACAUCGCUUCUGCUUCCACCGCGUCAGAGUCGGAAUCUUCAUUCAUUUACAACAACCCAGUCUUCCACUUCGAUGCUCAAUCGCACUUUCGCACGCAAUCACACGAAGAUGAAAGAAGACGUCUUCGUCGUCAUAGAGCUAUCGAGCGCGAGAAAUCGCGCAUGCGAGAACAGGGCGGCUUGACCACUGAGGACUCUGGAGAGAGUAAUUCUGGGAGGUUCUUUGUCAUCUUGACUAUCGUGGGCCUAGGUGCCCUGGCAGCAAGCUUAGGGCGAACUUUUGGUCCACAGCAACCAAUUCCUCCUGCCCGUGGCCGCUCGGUAGCAAAGCAUUAGGGGAACAAACAACUGUGACUUCAUUGGACUUUGUGCUUUAGCGUCAAGGGGUGUUUUUGACUAGUUCUGGGCAUUUUAUAUUGAUGCUCUCGUGCUUCAUACGCCUAUGAAUAACCUAACCAUUUUGUGUAUAUAUUCGCAUGUUAUUGAAGAGAGGUAACUUUAUUUCUUUCUCUCUCUCACUCUAUUUCGGGGAAGUGAAUUACAAUACCCGGACCUCCUUAACAAUACUAAUAACAGGUUCCCGUGAUGUCAUAGAUUGGAGCUGACAUUAUUACCCCGACUGAAGGACAAUGGUCUCGAUUUUACAUAUCAGCUCUCGUCUUGACUGUUCCUAGGGAGGGGCUUUACUGUUUACUCUCUAAUUGGAUCAACAAAUGCGGCAGCCCAUCAUCAUACCUAGAGAUACAUAACAUACUAUCUCCAGCUUUCGCAAUCCAAAUGGUCCAUGGUCGGCUAGGGUCUUUAGAAACCCGUUAAAAAGUCCAACAAACACCCAAUCAGCAAGAUCAUAUCCAGGGGAAGGAAUUCAAAGAUCUGAAUAAAAACCAGCCCAUCGUCAUCGAGGUUAAUAUUAGCCUCGUGAAAUGGGCGACAGGAGGAGGGAACAUGGGAUACUUGAACAGCCACAAUUUUUGAAACUAUGUAUGCCGGCACGGAAUCGUGAAGAUAUCAGUGGAUGAGGGACGCAUCCGCGGGGCAUUGGGAUAUUCCUGUCGCAUAAGUUGCUCCAAAUCAACUGUAUCGGUGCAACGAAAUAUUAUUCAGAUGAAGCGCAGGGGCCGAAUCAGACUCGAACCAUCAUCAGUUGCGGAAAAGUCAACUGAUGCUCCAAUGGGUAAAGGGGCCGGAUGCAUCGAACCUCUUGACCCCCAUCUUGUUAAAAGAAUACUUAUCUGCGCAAAUCGACAACUACAUGUAUGUACAUCCGGAAUCUUAGCUCAUAACGUCUCUCUCCGUUUGUUAUCAAACUCAGAAUCAUGCAUAGAUUAGCAGCCCGGGCUCUGAUAUAACUCUUUAUAAGAGCUUACACGAAUGCAAUCGCUUUUGUUGCUGUUUUGCUAUUUAGUAAAUCUAAUUCCCUGUUCACAUAUCUCAAAUAACAGGCUUUGGAUUGUACAAGCGCCUGUGUGCACCCUAGGGGAUCAAUGAAUUUGGCUAAUCAUCUGAGCUACCCAGAGGCUCCUCCAAGCAGGUAAUAGACAUAUAUCAUACCUUUCCCCCUUCUUCUCUCUCUGCUGAUGGAUCCAGGGGAUUCAUCUUCGCAGUCCACGCUUGAGAUAAAAACCGAAAAAGAAGAGAAGAAAAGAAAAGAAUGCCCCACACCUAAAAUGCUCCGUGUGCGGAAUGAAAUCCCCAGGCCGGCUAUUAUUAGAUGUGCAGUACAACACCCUAUCCACGCUAACGCCAUUUUAUAUUUUAUAUUUUACUAUGCAUAGGGCCUAUUCGUUGCGUGGCGUGGUUGCGGUAGUCAUUCUUUUCGUGUAGUUAAUGUAGGAUAGUUGAAGGUUGUAUUGAUAGAUCUAUCUACAAGAACAUAAUAUGUAGGCUACUGGGGCAAAAGAGCUCAGUCACCACCAGCGCUGCUGGUAGAAGGGCCGAUCAACCCCCGGGACCCCCAACACCCCCCUA